UGAAAUAUAAUUUUCAGUACAACACCAAUGCUCAAGCCUUUCGGAGCCAAUACUUUAAAAUAAAUAAUCUUACAAAAUUAUAAUUGUUUCAAUUUUUUUUGUGUGUGUCGAGAAAAUUUUUACAAAAAUUAUCAUGUGCAGCUAUCCUUGCUAUCCUUCUGCUUGUAUCGGCUCUUGUGGAGGUUGUGGUCCAAGUGGAUUCUAUGAUCCGAGCUUUGGACCCUUCAAUGGUCCAUUCAACAGUUGGUAUGGCUGCUGCGGAGGACGAUGGUGUUGAUUUUUAACAUUUUGCAACAGUUUGGAUUUCACAUUCGGAUAAAAUUAAGAUAGAAUUUUUAUUUCUGUAUAUGGUUUCGAAAGUGCAAUAAAUGAAAGCGUUUGAGUUAAA